UCUGGCUUCAAUUCUGCAUUAUUGGUCGACCUAUGUAGUAAUUCCAUUAAGCCAUGAUACCUCGGCUACCUUGAGGCCUAUUUUAGUAUCUUGUCCUAUAUUAGUCACCUCGAUACCCUUGAGGACAAUCCACCCCCAGCAUGGCCGAUACGACCACCCAUGACACUGUGGGCGCGUCAACUCUCGCGACGCCUCUCUUCAUGCCCUCGUCACCCCCCUCUCGUCGUCAAAACGCACAGAGCUACUCUCCCCUGAGCGCGAAGAGUCCUCGUACUGUCGAUCGCGCCGCGACCACAACCCACGCCGAUGAUGCCCGCUCUCCGCUAAAACAAAGCUACUCGCCGCGGUCCUCCCGAGCGUCGUCGCUCGAGCGCGCCGCGAACGACAUCGACGCCCGUCUGGCGCAAUACACCGUUGACUUCAGCCAGUACCCGAGUACCCAAGCGCUGGACGACCAUGUGGAUCCUCUUGCGGAAUUCAAGUUUCCGCAUGGAGAUGACCUGUCGGAUGUCGGAGGUCCAGCGGAUUUCACUGCGAAUCUGGAGAAAUACCUGAUGGGCGACGGCGAUACUAUGGAGGAUAAGCACUUUAUGGACUUCCGGGAUGAUGGACACGACUUGUCGGAGCUUGAGCCCCUGUUUGAUGAUUUGGAGGAGCAGGAACAAGAUCUGCGCCACCUGGAAAAGGAGGAAGACGAAAACCCCCUGCCUCCGCUACCUGAAUCCCCUGCCCAGCCGCGAGGCCACAGCAGGCAAAAUAGCCAACGAAUGCAGCAGCGGGAGGAUACGCGACCGCCACAGCGCGAGCAGAGUUCUCAGUUGCAUCAGCCGGCUAUCGAGGAUGAGCCCGAACCUGAACCAGAGCUUGGCGAAUACAGUGAAUUCGGCCCACCGAUCGACAUGUCUACUCCAUCGCAAUUUCUGCGCCGCGCCAGUGGCUUCAACAGGGAUACCACGCAUCUAGAAAAUAUUGAAGAGGAUCCGGACGAUGAGAUGGAGGCAAGCACGACUACCCCGUCAGUACGGAGACACAAAACCCCUUCCCCUCACAAGCAAGAACCAAGUGCAGCUGGAGAUCUACGGAAGCAAAUACUUGAACUCGAAAACAAGCUGCAAGACCGCAAUGAGCAGCUGGAGAAGGGUCGUAGGCGCGUGCUGGAGGCAGCAUCCGCUGGCGAGCAAAUAAAGCACCUUCAGGGCGAGCUGCAGAGGAAGUCGGCUUUGUUAGAUGAAUUCUACGCCAAUCGUACUGACGAGACUAUUCUGCGAGAGCAAGUCCACAUGCUCCAGAAACAGAACGAAGAAAGAGAGACUUUCUUGCACAAGUCCACCAUCAAUGCCUCCGAGCUAAGUGCUCUUCAGAAGCAGAUUAGCGAUAUGCAGAAGGAGCUGCAGAACCGUGCAUCAUCACACCCGAACCUCGAUGCAGAGCGGCUCGACACCAUUGCAUACUUGCGACAGCAAUUAGAUCUGGCCCAGGAACAGCUGCGUAAGCGCGACGCAACCCUGGACGAGACGAUCGCGAAGCUCAAGGAAGUCACCGAUGCCAAAGAGCAGCAGCUCCGAGAGAAGAACACUGAAGUGGAUGAAUUAAAGGCCCAGAUCAGCAGCCACCUGCUCGAAAUAGAGAAGUUAGACACGGAGCUCGAGAACGUCAAUCAAGCCUACGAGACUCUGGAAGAACAAAUCGUCACUCUCGAGACGAAGAAUCGCCCCUUGGAGGAAAAGAACAGCACGCUCGAAGCCGACCUCACCCGCGCGCAGACCCAAGUUACUGCGCAAGAAAACGCCCUCAAAGCCAUGGCCGCCGACCUUCCCCUCGAAACCGGCGGCAACACCUAUACAGAAAUUCUCGAAUUGAUCAAGGAUCUGGGCCAACCCAGCCAGGGAUCUCGGAUUCUGAAUCCAGGCUCAUCAAGAAAGGACCCAGAAGAACAACGUCAAGACCAGAGCCAAGACUAUGACCAGGCCCCCGGCGAAGAGCUGAAACGCCUCCGAGACGAACUCUCCAAACUUCAGUCCGAACUCACCGAGGCCAAUUCGGCUAAGAAAACCCUCGAACUGCAGCUCUCGCGCUCGGAGGACCAGGCCGUCGAAGCGCAAACCCUCAUCCACUCCAUCGAGACCGAAAGCACCCGCCUCAGCAAGCGCGCCGACGACCUUCGCUCGAACCUCACCAAGACCCAGCAGGAACUGACCCAAAUGAAAGAGGAGCGCACCAAAGCCCUAGAAACCAUCGACCGCCUGCAAAAGGAGCAGCAACAACAACAACAACAAGAGGAUGAGAAGAAGAAACAAACCCGGCAGCAACAGCUGCAGAACCAACAACUCAGCCCCCCUCCUUCCCCUCCCGUCCCACAACCACAACAGCAACAGCAAUCACUACAGCUUCAACGUCAGAAGGAGCAAGAACUCCUCGAACAAACCCACUCUCUCCACUCCGAACUCCGCACUCUGAAAGCGACCCAUGCCGCCGAGCUCGCGAAGCUCCGCGAGCUGCUGGCGGCGACGGAACACCGAGAAUCCCGGUACAAGGCGCAGGCGGGCUCGCUGCGCGAGCAGCGUGAGCGGCACCAGAGUGAGAGCCGCGCCCUUCACCUCCAGGUCGAGCAUCUCGAGUCCGUGCUCGCGACGAAGGAGGAGACCGCCGCCGCCGUGGACGAGCGGAUUGCGCGCUCGGUGGAGAAGCGCGAGAAGGAGUGGCAGCGGCGCGUCGAGCUCCUGCUCAAGGAGCGGGAACGCAUGGGUCGCGCGCUGAUGUGGUCGUGGGGAGAAAAGGAAUUCGGUGGUGGUGGUGCUAGUGGUGGCAACAGUGGCAGUGGAACAGGGAAGGGAAACCUUGCGGUGGGAGCGGACGAGAAGGGGAGGCGGAAACAGGGGUAUCGGUACAAGUAUGCCGUGUCGAGUCCAGGGCAGGUGUCGACUUCGGUCUCGUCCUUGUCAAGGAGGGGUGAAUCUGGGAAGAGAGCCUGAAAUGAAAAGAACGAUACGGAUUUGGAUUGGAUAGGGCUGGGUUGGGUUGGUUUCGGUUAUAAUGGCACUAUGGCAAUGGAAUGCCUUUUUCAUCACAGGUCUGAUUGACUUGAAUGUUUCGGGCUGGGCGGAGCCUGUUUGCUUUUUUUCAUGGCGUGCUUCAUGGUUUGUGUUAACGGUGCUGGUUUUCUUUUCGAUUUUCUUUUUUUGCUUCCUGUUUCUCCUUUUCUGCUUCGCUUUCAUUAUGAUUCCCUGCUUUCAUUGUGCUCAGGAUGGUUUUUACGGUGUCAUGAAAAGGCAACUUACAGUCAGAAACUAAGGAAGGGAGUGGAUCUCGCGUGUACAGACGAGAGUCGCCAUGUUCUUGGCUUCUGUUCUCAGAGCUUGAAUGCGCGCUCAGCUAAAGCAGAUUACUCCGUUAAUGUAUUUGUUGCCAUUCGGGCAAAUCAAAGAA